AUGUUCCCCAACUCUGAGGGGUGUUUUUUCCAGCAGGACAAUGCUCCAUGCCACACAGCCAGGUCAGUGAAGGUGUGGAUGAAGGACCAUCAGAUCAGGACCCUGUCAUGGCCAGCCCAAUCUCCAGACCUGAAUCCCAUUGAAAACCUCUAUAAUGUGAUCAAGAGGAAGAUGGAUGGUCACAAGCCAUCAAACGAAGCCGAGCUGCUUGAAUUUUUGCGCCAGGAGUGGCAUAAGGUCACCCAACAGCAAUGUGAAAGACUGGUGGAGAGCAUGCCAAGACGCAUGAAAGCUGUGAUUAAGUCCAGACCUACAGCCACCCCUGCAGCCCCGUUGGGAGCCACACUUCAGUACAGCCACCACUGCAGCUCAGUCAGCCAACUCCCCAGCAAAAUGGCACAUGGAAAAGCUGCUGGCAACUCCAGAGCUGCCCGCCGAAGACGCUGGUGGCAUUUGAGACAACGAUGGAGGAUGGUCGGGGUGUUUGAGGUCAACCAAGAGCAUGAGUUCUACCAUCUAACAUCUAUGAUUAAAGAAGGCAUGCAUGCUUCCAUCCAGACAACUAUAGAAACAUCAGGCCAGGAUACACCUGCAGCUGAAGAUUUCAAGGUAGAGCAAACUCAUGAGGGGUUUGAGAUGCAGACGUUUGCAGCAUCAGUGUUUGCUAAACUUAGGCGUUCACUGGACAUUACAGAGGAGGAAUAUAUGACUUCCCUCUGCUCAGAAGACAACUACCUCCAAUUUGUCAGUAACUCCAAGAGCAAGGCAGAUUUCUUCCUCACGAAUAACAAGAGAUUCUUCCUGAAAACCCAGAGCAAAAGGGAGGUGAGAUUUCUCCUGUCCAAUCUGCAAGUGUACAUGGAUCACUUGGAGAAAUACCCUCAUUCACUGAUGGUGCGGUUUCUAGGUGUCCACAGGAUUGUUAUUCCUAAUCAAUUAAAGAAGUACUUCAUUGUGAUGCAGAGUGUGUUUUACCCUGAUGAGAGGAUCAAUAUCAGAUACGACAUUAAAGGCUGUGAGGUGGGUAGAUGGACUAACCCUGACAAAGGGGGGAAACAAAUAAUAAAAGUGCUGAAGGACAAUAACUUUGAAGGGCAGCUCAUUGCAUUAGGUCAAGAAAAAUCCUGGUUUGCCAAUCAAGUGAAAGUGGAUGCUGCCUUCCUUCAAGGGCUCAAUGUGCUGGACUACAGUCUCCUGCUGGCCCAUCAACCUCUGCACAGAGAUGAGCUGGAAGGGAAACACUCUUUGGCCAACCUUGUUUUGCGCACCACAAAGUCUGUGGACUUACUUGACAGUCCCACAGGGUCAGAACCCCCCACCAUUCCAUUACUGAAAGAGACCAUGGGUGAGGUGGCAUCAGAUACUACAGACUGCGGGUUAGGCGAGCCACAGGCAGCAGAUGGGGGCAGUGGUGAAGGGAUUCCCCUCCAGGAGAUAAACUGCCCUGCGGAAGAAACGAGGACAGACUCAGAACUGCAGGAAUUUCUUGAGCAUCAUCGUAGGCUACUGCCCAACUGCAAAAAUGCAAUUCAUGUGAUAGAUGGGCCAGAUUGUCGCUACUUUGUGGGCAUUAUUGACAUUUUUACUGUCUACGGCUGGAAGAAAAGAAUGGAGAAUCUCUGGAAAUGUCUCCGCUACCCAGGCAGGGCCUUUUCCACAGUCCGCCCUGCCAAAUAUUCACAUAGAUUCUGCCAGUGGAUUAAGGACCGCUCUCAGUGACAAAAUGAAGAAAACAUUCAGCACUGAUAUACAUAGCACUCGAUGUAUAACCCCCAGUGUCCACAGGAUAGCCCUCAUUGUUGCAUUCUGGUUCUGACAUGAUUACGUGAUGGAGCGGUGGUUCAAUCAGAAUGCGAUGAGCUGCCUUUAGUGGACAGUGAUAAGGUGUUUGUAUAGAAGUUGUCGCCUUGUAUGGAAUUACAGAGUUGGGUUGUGGCAUAGGCUAUAUAGACAAAUGAUAGGCGUUCUAGGGUACUUUAGGGGCUGGUUUAAAUCAAUGAAUAGACAAAUAAUGAUGUGCAUACAUAGUAACCUUGCAGUGAUAUUGGCAGAUUUUGGAGACGCACCAUAAGCAAUUACUUUUGAAAAAAAAAUUGUAAACAGCGAUCAGAAUUGUAUAGAAAUAUUGAUGUAA